AUGUCUGCUCCAGUUCCUACUACGCCGGCUAAUGGCCAGGGCCCGAACGAUACACCACGGCAACAUCCAACAAGCAAGAGGUUGCAGCAAACUCAGGCUCAAGUAGAUGAGGUUGUUGAUAUUAUGCGGACAAAUGUUGAAAAGGUCCUCGAGCGGGAUCAGAAGUUAUCGCAACUGGACGAUAGGGCCGCUUUGGAUGAAGAACGUGAAGCUCAUGGUUAUCAUGGGAAUCGUCGUGUUCAUCAUAGUUAUCGUUAUUAUCAUAUCGGCGACGAAGUGAAUUGUCCAAAUCAACCGAUUCCUAUUGCAUUUAUCUAA